UCCUUGACGGUGGAACUCUUCUCAUUAACUUUGGCAUUGAUUUACUCGAUAGCCUGCCGUCUUGUUGCCUUCUCCUUUAGAUUCCCAUACACCUAACCUCUUCCAUUUUUUUGUGGGCUUAGCCCUUCAAUUCUCAGCUUAGUUCAUCCACAGAAAUCAGACACAUGAUGAACUUUAUCUGCAAAUGUCUUUUUUGCGUCUCGAUUGAGAAACAACCUACGAGCAGCUCAAGCAGGCAGAGAGACUAUCCAUGGGAGAUGUACACACUCAAAGAGCUGGUCCACGCCACAAACAACUUUCACAACGAUAACAAAAUCGGUGAAGGCGGAUUUGGAAGCGUUUAUUGGGGCCGAACAAGUAAAGGAGUCGAGGUGGCGGUAAAAAGGCUGAAGGCGAUGAGUCCGAAAGCAGAGAUGGAGUUCGCUGUUGAGGUGGAGAUACUUGGUAGGGUUAGGCAUAAGAAUUUGUUAGGGUUAAGAGGAUUCUAUGCCGGCGGAGAUGAAAGGCUAAUAGUAUAUGAUUAUAUGCCUAAUCAUAGCUUGCUCACCCAUUUACACGGACAACUUGCUCCCGAAAGCCUAUUGGAUUGGCCUCGAAGGAUGAGCAUCGCCAUUGGAUCGGCCGAGGGAAUAGCAUACUUGCAUCACGAGGCGAACCCUCACAUCAUACACCGAGACAUAAAGGCGAGCAAUGUGCUGCUGGACUCGGAAUUGGAGUCGAAAGUAGCGGAUUUCGGAUUCGCGAAGCUGAUCCCGGAAGGGGUGAGUCAUCUGACGACGAGGGUGAAAGGAACCCUAGGUUACCUAGCCCCGGAAUACGCCAUGUGGGGGAAAGUCUCGGAGAGCUGCGAUGUGUACAGUUUUGGGAUUCUACUGUUGGAGAUCAUCAGCGCGAGGAAGCCCCUGGAGAAGCUGCCCGGGGGCGUCAAGCGCGACAUCGUGCAGUGGGCCACUCCCUUCCUCGACAAGGGCGCCUUUGAGCAGAUCGCCGACCCCAGGCUCAAGGGCCGCUUCGACCGGGACCAGCUCAAGAGAGUCAUCGCCAUCGCCCUCAGAUGCACCCAUGGGGAGCCUGAGAAUAGGCCCAGCAUGCUGGAGGUGGCGGCCUGGCUCAAGAAUAGUAGCAACACAGAGAUACGCAUUCAAAACUAUAUUACUCAUGAUCAAGAAUACGACCAUCACACAGAGGAAGAUAUAUGAUUAUAUCAUGUUAUGCAGAUUCAAUUGCAGGUUUGUGCUUAUAAUUAAUAGUUGAGAUGGAUCGGAGGAGUUCUUCAGGAAAUGUAAUUAUACCAUUUGUUCCGGUUUCAG